AGGUGCGGGGCCAAUGCUGUUUCUCUGGGGCACAAAUAUUAAAUCAUUUUUGUUUGUCUUAUUCUGUACAAACUAAGUGUUUGUGCUAUAUGUAUUUUUUUAGUGCGGCUUUAUGUAACCGGAAGGAUUGUUUUUUGACUUGAAGUGGACAUUUGACCAUGAUAGUCUGUAAAGUUAUGGAUAAAGACCAUCGGAGAGGAUACAGUUUAACAUUGUGAAGAACGCACAGUCGCAAUUGGGACUCAGAUUGCUUUGCUUAUUCAGUAUUCAUUUUGCUUUUUGUAAUAUUUACUUGGUUGCAUGGUUUCCAAAAAGUUCCAACCCAAUGAUAUAGGCACAAAAUUCUGAUGCUUUCGGAUACAAUGAAGCAAACGGUUGCUUUGGCAGAGAUGCUGGGCGCUAAGGACUGCACUCUGUCGCGGGACAGAAAGGAAUUUGAUCUACGGUCCAGGGAACGGAUGGAAGGAGAGAUGGAUCGCGUGCGAACCCGGGAGAGACUGGAAGCGACUAUUGCGGGAAUAGGAGAACUGGAGUACUUAAGACAGCGUCAGGAAUUGUUGGUCCGUAGUGUUUUAAGUUACACGGACAGUGCUUCUGCAACGAGUGAGGAUAAAGUCUGUCACGUGCCGGAGGAGAAUUAUUUGAAUAAUGAAGAAAAACUUUUGGAGGAAAAUAUCUUAUUGCUGAGAAAACAGCUGAACUGCUUGAGAAGGAGAGACGCUGGUCUGAUCACGCAGCUGCAGGAGCUGGACAGACAAAUCAGUGACCUGCGCCUGGACACCAAGCCGUCACACGACCACGUGGAAACCGACAGCCGGCCCAGCUCAGGCUUUUACGAGCUGAGUGACGGAGCGUCAGGAUCCCUCUCCAACUCCUCCAACUCGGUCUUCAGCGAGUGUUUGUCCAGCUGCCAUUCCGGCACCUGCUUCUGCAGUCCUCUCGACACAUCGCUGUGUGCCUCUGAGGGACGGCCCAAAUCUGCAGAUGAGGGUGGCUGUACAGAGUGUGAGGGCCAAUGCGAGGACCAACAUUCCGGAACAGUCCGCAGGUCCCUCUCUGCUCCAUACUCCCCGUCCCUGGAUGAUGGCCAGGGCAAGUACCACUGCGAUCUGAUUGCGAAGAACGGCAACGAUGUCUACCGGUACCCUAGUCCCCUUCAUGCUGUCGCCGUGCAGAGCCCCAUCUAUUUCCAGUCACUGACCAACCAGCUUAAGGACGAGGUGGGCCUAACGAAAGCAUGCGACGUGUUGGGGGAGGGGGGGCAGAAACCAGAGCAGCCCCUGGUGCCCCAGAGUACCUCCUGGCCUGCCCCAAACGUCCCCUCCAACAAAAAACUGGACAGCUACAUCUUCGGGCUACUGCAGAGGAGGGCCCAGCCAAUGAGGCCUAACAAGCCUCGGACGAGCAUCAACACAGACCCUUCCAAGAGCAUCCUGCGGCAGGCCAGCCUCUGCGUUCGGCAGGCUACUGGCCAGGCCCCCGGGUGGACCCCCGAGGUCAAGCCGAACUGGCAGGCAUGCUUACCGAGCGGGAGUGUGGCUAGCACUGAUGCUAAUGCUAAUGUAGCAUCUCCUCAGAGACAGUGGUCAGUAGAGGCCAAGGGCGAGCUCUCGGAAAACAAUAUGGCGUCUGUGACGUCCCAAAUGCCCGUGUCCCAGCCUCAGAAUGGAUAUAUAAUCACCCAGGACAUUAACAGCAACAGUUUGUUGAAAAAGAAAGCCCCCGCAUCUGGAAAGGGUCAACCAUUACUGCCUAGCUUGUCAAAAGACAGUGAGGACAUUGGCAGUCCUAGUGCGGUCUUGUCCCCUAAACACGCAAUGCAUCUUUACUCUCCUGCAAUAGAGGACAGAAAAUCCGCAGCACAGGCUGUCAAAACGACUACCCCAAAGAAAACUCCCAAAUCAUCUUCCCUGGUUUCCGCUGCUGUUGCGGUGUCUUUGAGAGACGAUAGGUCAACGCUGGAGAGAGUGAGUCUGGGAUCGUCCUCUCAGAGCCAGGAUGAGGGGAGCCAGAUGGUCAGCGCUGAGUAUAUCCCUGCUCAGAAACAGGCUGUGAAGCUUCGCAAAGGGGGCGGCAAGAACGUCAAGAUCGUCAAAGUCAAGAGCGCCGCCACGUCCACAUCCAAGUCUCGCCCCCACGCCGAGCCGACGUCAGACGCCGCGGCUCCGACAGCUGCGCAGGGUGCGCCCAGGGAGCGGCAUCGAAGUGGAUCCAAGAAGCCUCGUCAUGUCGAGGACCCCCACCAUGUCCACACCCACCGAUCUUCGAGGAAAGCCGGCUCCUCUUCCUCCAGGGCCAAGAGAAUCCCGGCCUCCAUUCCCGAGGGUCGUAUCCUGGACAAGCACGUGGUGUCCACGCACCGGUCCGUCUCGUCCCGGCACCACACCGGUCACCAUGGCGGUCACCACCACGGGCACCACGGGCACCACCGCGAGGCCGUCGUGGUGGCGAAGCCCAAACACAAACGCAACGACUACCGCCGCCUGCGCGCCAUCGCCGAGGUGCCGUACGACGAGGCGUUCCGGCGGGCACACCGGCGGCAGAAGCGCGAGCUGCUCAGCCAGAUGGCCAACACCAUGUACCUGCCGUCCAACGCGCCCUUCACCAGCCCCUACGCCUACGUGGGCAGCGACUCGGAGUACUCGGCCGAGUGCGCCUCGCUCUUCCACUCCACCAUCCUGGACACGAGCGAGGACGAACGCAGCAACUACACCACCAACUGCUUCGGCGACAGCGAGUCCAGCAACAGCGAGGCCGAGUACGUGGACGAAAGCACCAGCAGCAGCGACUCGGAGGAGAGCGGAGGGGCCAACUGGCCGCAGUUUUCCCAGGGGGCCUCGGGGGCCGUGCACCCACAGGAGAUGACCGCCGCGCAGGCCAAGGCCUUCGUCAAGAUCAAGGCCUCACACAACCUGAAGAAGAGGAUCCUGCGGUUCCGCUCGGGUUCUCUGAAGCUCAUGACCACCGUUUGAGCGGA